GUUCAAGGUCACGGGCCGUGCCAGCCCCGACAUCUCGAGCCUCGCGGCGUGCUCGGCCCGCCGAUGCCGACCGAGCCGUUAUGCUACUCCUGUGGCCGGCCUCUCUGUUUUUAAGAGGAUUAGCGGCGAGCGAGGGUGGCUUCCUGGAGGAGGCGGUGGCAGGCCUGGGAUUCGGAGGCUGGAGGAGGGCAGCAGCCUAGCUGGGGCGUUGGUCUGCGUUCAGUAACUCUGCGCAGCUUUUCUAGCCAGCUGGGAUCUCCGGAUAGUUUGCCGCCUCGACGGCUUCGGAGCAUGGGGGAGGGAUUCCGGCUGUGAAUCGGGCCUCCGUGUGAAGAGGAAACGGCGGGUGCCCUGCCCAGAGGCCUGGACAGACUGUCACUAAAGAUUCCGCUCAUCACUUAUCGUCCAAGGGCUCUUGGUUCUUUGCUGAAGAAUUUGGCCACAAAGAGUUGCCAAGAUAGCUGGGCCAGGAAGAAAGCGCCGCAGCCCUGACCCAGACGCUGUUGCCGACUCUGGGCCACUCUGGCUGGCUACCAAGCGGCUCAAGAUGUCUGCAGGGGCCAGUGCUACAGGCCCCAGGAGGGGGCCUCCAGGACUGGAGGAGGCCACUAGUAAGAAGAAACAGAAGGAUCGAGCAAACCUGGAAAGUAAAGAUGGAGAUGCCAGGAGAGUGUCCCUUCCUCGAAAGGAGCCGACCAAAGAUGAAUUGUUGCUUGAUUGGAGGCAGAGUGCAGAUGAGGUGAUUGUUAAGCUGCGGGUGGGAACAGGCCCCGUCCGUCUGGAGGAUGUGGAUGCUGCGUUCACAGACACGGACUGUGUGGUGAGGCUUCCAGAUGGUCGGCAGUGGGGUGGUGUCUUCUUUGCUGAAAUACAAAGUUCUUGCACCAAAGUACAGGCUCGCAAGGGUGGCCUUCUACAGCUAGCACUGCCCAAGAAGGUGCCUCUGCUCACGUGGCCCUCUCUCCUGAAGAAACCUCUGGGGACCCAAGAGCUGGUGCCAGGUUUGCAGUGCCAGGAGAACGGGCAAGAGCUGUCUCCCAUUGCCCUGGAGCCAGGCUCUGAGCCCCGCAGAGCUAAACAGGAAGCCCGAAACCAGAAGCGGGCCCAGGGUCGUGGUGAGGUAGGCUCAGGGGCUAGCCCUGGGGCACAGGCAGGGCCCAGCGCCAAGCGGGCUGUUCAUCUCCGCCGAGGGCCAGAAGGGGAAGGGUCCAUGGAUGGCCCCGGCCCCCAGGGCGAUGCCCCAUCUUUCCUGUCUGACUCAGCUACCCAGGUUGAGGCUGAGGAGAAGCUCCAUGCUCCACCAAUGAACACUCAAACCAGUCUCUUGAGCUCAGAGAAGAGUUUAGCCCUUCUGACAGUAGAGAAGGCAGUGUCGCCCAGGAGUGACCCAGGCGCCCCGGUUAUCAUCCAGAACAGAGACCCUGAGAAAAAAGACCAAGGCAAAGAGGAGAUGGCGGUUGGAGCUGAUUCUACAGCCUUAGUGGAGGAACCAGAGUCUAUGGUGAACCUGGCAUUUGUCAAGAAUGACUCGUACGAGAAGGGCCCGGACUCAGUGGUGGUGCACGUGUACGUGAAGGAGAUCCGCAGGGACACAUCCCGAGUGCUUUUUCGAGAGCAGGACUUCACACUGAUCUUCCAGACCAGGGAUGGAAACUUUCUAAGGCUGCAUCCGGGCUGUGGGCCCCACACCAUCUUUCGCUGGCAGGUGAAGCUCAGAAACUUGAUUGAGCCAGAGCAGUGUACGUUCUGUUUCACGGCCUCGAGAAUCGAUAUCUGCCUCAGGAAGCGGCAGAGUCAGCGCUGGGGGGGACUGGAGGCCCCUGCUACACGAGGUGCAGUGGGUGGUGCAAAGGUUGCCGUGCCGACAGGUCCAACCCCUUUGGAUUCAACCCCUCCAGGAGGUGGCCCCCACCCCCUGACAGGCCAGGAGGAAGCCAGGGCUGUAGAGAAGGAAAAACCCAAGGCUCGAUCAGAGGAUUCAGGGCUGGAUGGUGUGGUGGCCCGCACCCCCUUGGAGCAUGUAGCCCCUAAGCCAGAACCGCACUUGGCCUCGCCCAAACCCACGUGUAUGGUGCCUCCCAUGCCGCACAGUCCGGUGAGUGGUGAUAGUGUGGAGGAGGACGAAGAGGAAGAGAAGAAGGUGUGCCUGCCAGGCUUCACUGGCCUUGUCAACUUAGGGAACACCUGCUUCAUGAAUAGUGUCAUUCAGUCUCUGUCCAACACUCGGGAACUUCGUGACUUCUUCCACGACCGGUCCUUUGAAGCUGAGAUUAACUACAAUAACCCCCUGGGGACUGGUGGGCGCCUCGCCAUUGGCUUCGCUGUGCUGCUCCGGGCCCUGUGGAAAGGCACCCACCAAGCCUUUCAGCCCUCCAAGCUGAAGGCUAUUGUGGCAAGCAAGGCCAGCCAGUUCACGGGCUAUGCACAGCAUGAUGCCCAAGAGUUCAUGGCUUUCUUGUUGGAUGGGCUACAUGAAGACCUGAAUCGAAUCCAAAACAAACCCUACACAGAGACUGUGGACUCGGACGGGCGGCCCGAUGAGGUGGUAGCCGAGGAAGCAUGGCAGCGGCACAAGAUGAGGAAUGAUUCAUUCAUUGUGGACCUGUUUCAGGGCCAAUACAAGUCAAAGCUGGUGUGCCCUGUGUGUGCCAAGGUCUCCAUCACUUUUGACCCGUUCCUUUAUCUGCCAGUACCCUUGCCACAAAAGCAAAAGGUUCUCCCCAUAUUUUAUUUUGCCAGGGAGCCCCACAGCAAACCUAUCAAGUUCCUGGUGAGUGUGAGCAAGGAGAACUCCAGCGCAGGGGAGGUGCUGGGCUCCCUCUCUCAGAGUGUCCAUGUGAAGCCCGAGAACCUGCGCCUAGCCGAGGUAAUUAAGAAUCGUUUCCACCGUGUUUUCUUGCCCUCCCACUCACUGGACGCUGUGUCCCCCACGGACGUGCUCCUCUGCUUUGAGCUGCUCUCCCCAGAACUGGCUAAGGAGCGGGUAGUGGUGCUGGAGGUGCAGCAGCGCCCCCAGGUACCCAGCAUCCCUAUCUCCAAGUGUGCAGCCUGCCAGCGGAAGCAGCAGUCAGAAGAUGAAAAGCUGAAGCGUUGUACCCGUUGCUACCGUGUGGGCUACUGCAACCAGUUCUGCCAGAAAACCCACUGGCCCGACCACAAAGGCCUCUGCCGCCCUGAGAACAUUGGCUACCCCUUCCUGGUCAGUGUGCCUGCUUCACGCCUCACUUAUGCCCGUCUUGCUCAGCUACUAGAAGGUUAUGCACGGUACUCUGUGAGUGUAUUCCAACCGCCCUUCCAGCCUGGCCGCAUGGCUUUAGAAUCGCAGAGCCCUGGCUGUACCACAUUGCUUGCAACCAGCUCUCUGGAGGCUGGGGACAGUGAAAGAGAACCCAUUCAGCCUUCUGAGCUCCAAUUGGUGACCCCUGUGGCUGAGGGGGAUACAGGGGCUCACCGAGUAUGGCCGCCGGCUGAUCGGGGUCCUGUGCCUAGCACCAGUGGACUUUCCUCUGAGAUGCUGGCCAGUGGGCCUAUGGAAGGUUGUUCCCUGCUUGCUGGUGAGAGGGUAUCUCGGCCUGAAGCUGCUGUGCCUGGGUACCAACACUCAAGUGAAUCCGUGAAUACUCACACACCCCAGUUCUUCAUCUAUAAAAUUGAUGCAUCAAACCGUGAGCAGCGACUUGAGGACAGAGGGGAGACACCAUUGGAGCUGGGUGAUGACUGUAGCCUGGCUUUGGUGUGGCGGAACAAUGAACGCCUGCAGGAGUUUGUGUUGGUAGCCUCCAAGGAGCUGGAGUGUGCUGAAGAUCCAGGCUCCGCUGGUGAGGCUGCCCGUGCUGGCCACUUCACCCUGGACCAGUGUCUCAACCUCUUCACACGGCCUGAAGUGCUGGCACCUGAGGAAGCCUGGUACUGCCCACAGUGCAAACAACAUCGUGAGGCCUCCAAACAGCUGCUAUUGUGGCGCCUACCGAAUGUGCUCAUUGUGCAGCUCAAGCGCUUCUCCUUUCGUAGUUUCAUUUGGCGAGACAAGAUCAAUGACUUGGUGGAGUUUCCUGUUCGGAACCUGGACUUGAGCAAGUUCUGUAUCGGUCAGAAAGAGGAGCAGCUGCCUAGCUAUGACCUGUAUGCUGUCAUCAACCACUACGGAGGCAUGAUCGGUGGCCAUUAUACUGCUUGUGCACGGCUGCCCAAUGAUCGCAGUAGCCAGCGCAGUGACGUGGGCUGGCGCUUGUUUGAUGACAGCACGGUGACAACAGUAGACGAAAGCCAGGUGGUGACGCGCUAUGCCUAUGUUCUCUUCUACCGUCGUCGGAACUCUCCUGUGGAGAGACCCCCCAGGGCAGGUCACUCUGAACACCACCCAGACCUAGGCCCUGCAGCUGAGGCUGCUGCCAGCCAGGCUUCCCGGAUUUGGCAGGAGCUCGAGGCCGAGGAGGAGAUGGUACCCGAGGGGCCUGGGCCUCUGGGUCCUUGGGGGCCCCAAGACUGGGUGGGGCCCCCGCCACGUGGCCCUACUACACCAGACGAGGGUUGCCUCCGAUACUUUGUCCUGGGUACCGUGGCGGCUUUGGUGGCCCUUGUGCUCAACGUAUUCUAUCCUCUGGUAUCUCAGAGUCGCUGGAGAUGAGCUCACCUGCAGGCACCUGCUGUGAGCUGGCCUACCUGUCUGCUCACCAGGUCAUGCCUACCUUUGUGGUGGGAAACAACUCUGGGCUCUGAGCCUCAGUGUAUGUAUCUGGUGGGAGACUUGUGGGGACUGCAGCCUCUGCAGGGGCAGAGUAUCCUAGGGUGUGUGUCCAUCCAGUUGUCUGUCGUCCUGUUUCUCUGACCCUUGUCCUAGGGCUUGGCCCUGCUGGAACUAUUUCCUGUAUUUAAAGUGUUAAUAAAAUGAGUAUUCAGGCCCAA